AUGGCAAAGAAGAGAAAGGCUGGCGGAGCUGCGCUGGCUCACCGCAGCAAGAACCCCGUUGAGGACAAAAACUCGAAGUUCGCGGCAGAUGCGAGAUUUGAGAACUCUGAAGAUGAAUUUGAAGCUGGCCGUGACCGUGUCUUGCUCGAAGAACGCCCCGAGGUGAAGCGGAGACGGAGGCUAGAGGAAGAUGAGCGGUUACUGCAACUAUCAGACGAGGAAGUUCAUGGAUACGUGUCCGAGUCCGAGUCCGAGGAUGAUUAUGAUUAUGGGAAUGAGGAAGAGGAAGAAGUAGAAGAGAAAGAGGAUAAAGCCGCAAACUUAAAGAAGAAACUCCCAAAACUACGGCGGAGAGAAGAACUGAGUCCCGACCUCAUGGAUGACGGCAAGAAGCCGGAGGAAGAUGAAGAAGGAAUUGAGGCGUGGGGAGCAUCGAAAUCGGAUUACUACAAUGCGGACACAAUUGAAACCGAGGGAGAUGCGCUGGAAGAAGAGGAGGAAGCCAAGAAGAUUCAGCUAAAGAAACUACAGUCGAUGACGGAUGCUGAUUUCGGGUUUGAUGAAUCAGAGUGGCUUGACAGUGCUAAAGGGGAUGAGGAGGUGUCGAAAGAUGCCAUAGCGCAUGGAAAAACCAUCACGGAGGUACUGCCGGAAAUACAAAUACCUGACGAUAUGAGUGUGGAGGAGAGGCUGAAUAUUCUAUCAAAACGGUAUCCAGAGUUUGUACCUUUGUCAAAGGAUUAUACCGAUCUCCAGCCACGGUAUCAGGAACUCUCUGCGGCGGUUGAUGGGGCCCGGAAGUCUCGCAAAGAAACGUCAAGUGACAAAACACCACUCUCCGUCCUACAAUUCCGCGCGUUAGCUGCAUACCUGGGUGUUAUUAGCAUGUAUUUUGUGCUUUUAACUUCCCCUGCCAGAAAUAGCACGGGGAGCUGUCUUGCCUUACCACCAGCUGAGCUCAGAGAGCACCCUAUUAUGGGUGCAUUGGUCGUCUGUCGAAAGACCUGGGAACAGGUAAAAGACUUGCAAGAGGUUGAACAAGAGCCGUCCGAUAUUGAAGAAGAGGAGGAAAUUGAUACCACAGUUCCAGCGACAAAAUCGUCUCUAGACAAACCAUCAAAGGUAGCCAAAGCCGCGAAGGUACCCAAAAAAUCAAAGGCUCAGAAAUUGGUGGAAAAAGCACAAGCACUUGCCGAGUCACAGCGUGCUGAAAAGCUCAAUAAGACUGAGCUUGGUUUACAGGAGCUAUCUAAGCUCCUGGAUCAGGGAAGCUCAUCAAAGCUGACUUCGCAGCGAGAGUCACAGCUUCAUGACUAUGACUCUGAUUUUGGAGAUGAAACUAAACUUACUGCCCACGAAGCAGCAGAGAAAGCCAAGAAAAAGAAAUCACUACGCUUUUAUACCUCCCAGAUCGCACAAAAAGCAAACAAACGUGAUGCAGCUGGUAGACAUGCUGGUGGAGAUACGGAUUUACCAUACAAAGAACGGAACAAGGACCGCCAGGCUCGUCUUAACGAGGAAGCACAGAAGAGAGGACGCAUGGAAGCAAAUGAGAACGAGCGUCUUGGUGGUGAUAGCGAUGAAGAGGACUACCAGCUUGCAAGAGAAGUCCGCGGUGAUAUGGACGGAUCUAACAGCGACGAUUACUAUGACAUGGUUUCUUCCCGUCAAAAGCAGAAGAAGGCCGACAAGAAGGCAUUGUCAGAGGCUCGGGCCCUUGCUGCUAAGGAGGGUGGUCGUGUCGAGAUCCAGGAGGAAAUUGGCCCAGAUGGCAAACGUGCUAUCACUUAUGCCAUUGAGAAGAACAAGGGAUUGACGCCAAAACGAAACAAGGAUGUGCGGAAUCCUAGGGUGAAGAAGAGGAAGAAGUUCGAGGCCAAGAAGAAGAAGCUUGGAAGCAUAAAGCAGAUCUAUAAGGGUGGUGAAGGCCGUGGUGGAUAUGGCGGAGAGUUGACGGGUAUCAAGAAGAAUUUGGUAAAGAGUGUUAAAUUAUAG